CGCCAGCCCCCCUCCCUCAUCGCCCCGCCAUCCACUCCACCAUCCCAGGCCGCAUCCCGUUUCCGUCGGCCGGUCGACAGCGCAUUUCUCUGCCUGGGCAACUGGCGACCUCUCCUGCAAGCCAAGCGGGCUCGCACCUCCCAGCAACUCAUCCUCGAAGUUGCAUAUCGACGGAAACCGACAUCCUCGCCCAUAGCCACCCCGCAUCGAGUCAUUUUUCCUCCCGAGCUGCCGGUGAAAUAUCACCCACCCCCGAGCACAAGCAACAUCAUCUCUAGUGCCUGAGUCGCAUCCAGCGUUCCAAGCACAAGCUGCCUACCCGUUCCGCGAUGGUCAGAUCCAAAUUCAAAGAUGAGCAUCCCUUUGAGAAGCGCAAGGCCGAGGCCGAUCGCAUCCGUCUCAAAUAUCCAGACCGCAUUCCGUGCAUCGUCGAGAAGGCUGAGAAGAGCGAUAUUGCCUCGAUCGACAAGAAGAAAUAUCUCGUUCCAAACGACUUGACCGUCGGCCAGUUCGUCUAUGUCAUCCGAAAGAGAAUCAAUCUCGCCCCGGAGAAGGCCAUAUUUGUCUUUGUCAACAACAUCCUGCCGCCCUCGGCCUCGCUGCUGACACAGGUCUAUCAGGAGCACAAGGAUGAAGAUGGAUUUCUGUACAUUGUAUACUCAAGCGAGAACACAUUCGGCAAUUAAGUACGUCAUCAAGCCUUCAGUUCGCACGAAGUUGUAGCGAUCGUCGCGACUCCAUCUUAGCAAUUCGAACCGAUGUGAUCGUGUGUGGGCGCUGUGCUAAAUACAAAUGCAGCUUUACAACGA